GCUGAAAGUAACAGGAGAGAGUUAUAAGUGAGAUUGUUAGGUUGCUUCAAUAUAAUUUUGUGUUGUUGUGUGGUGACUUGAAGCAGGCAUGGGAAGAGCUCCUUGCUGUGACAAAACCAAAGUUAAGAGAGGGCCAUGGUCCCCUGAAGAAGACACCACUCUCAAGUCCUAUCUUCAGAAACAUGGCACUGGUGGCAACUGGAUUGCUCUCCCCCAAAAAGCUGGCCUAAAGCGUUGCGGCAAGAGUUGCCGGUUAAGAUGGCUGAAUUAUCUCCGACCAGACAUCAAACACGGCGGUUUUACAGACGAAGAAGAUCAAAUCAUCCUCACACUCUACACCAACAUAGGAAGCAGGUGGUCUGUCAUAGCAUCUCAUCUCCCAGGUAGAACAGACAAUGAUGUGAAGAACUACUGGAACACCAAGCUAAAGAAAAAGCUCGCCGCCGCCGUCGCCGCGACAAACAAACCCGACGUUUUCCCCCAAACUGUCCCCACCAAUUUCAAUCCGACAACCUAUUACGCCGUCCAAGAAAUGGUCGGAUCGCAACCGCAUCAGUUCCCCCUGCCAAACCUCAUGGAAGUUCAAGAAAACUGCACUACAAGCACCGCUAAUAAUUCGUCUUAUAAUCCACAAGUUUCGGUAGGCUGCGGCGGCUAUUCAACUUCAUUUGCUUAUAAUAAUAAUGAGAACAGCUUUGGGACAUCAUGGUUCGGCAAUGGAGGAAUUGAGGAAGAUGUUUUUCGCAUGGACAUGAUGAGCAGCUCUACAGGCCUAUCAUCAUCCUCAUCACCUUCCUCCUCCUCGCCAUCUUGCUUUGAUCAUCUUAUGAUGAAUUAUGGGUUUGAUUUUCAAGACAACUUUGCACCACCCAACAUCACUCAUAAUUUCACUAAUCACCCUUCCAAUGGCUUCCAAUAUUAACAAUUUGGCACAUCUAACACUCUUGGAAAAACCAUCUGAAUGGGUCCCAUUCAGACUCGGCCGGGCUCAAUUUAAAUUUUACCUGUUUGUGGAUAUAAAAAAAAUAGUGAUCAAUUGAGUGGUAUAAUGUAAUUUAUGCUAGAAUAUAUAUAUACAUAAUCUUUGUGUCGUUUAGGAAAUUAGUAGUAUUUUUUAUUAGGUUUUAUGUUUAUUAUUGAUGGGUUUUAGAUAGAAAAUUAUGGUCAAUGCACUUAUGUACAUAUAUAUAUAUAUAU